ACUGGUUGUCACCACAUCACAAAGCUGACUAGCUCAAUAUCGUUAUACACACCGACAGUGGAAACUGUUACAGCUGCUGCUGUCGAAAAAUCAAUAGGAAUUAAAACUUCGACGUAAGCAAAGCGAUAUCAAGUUUAUAAGUGCGCAAUAUGUUCGCCCAACCGAAAGGAAUUUGUUUGUUACUGGGAUGUCUCGCUGUGCUUUUUGAGGCCUCUGUGGCCGUGCAGGGAUUUCAGUCCAAGGAUAGCGUCUUUGCCGAUGUCCUGCUGUCCGAAUUGUUGAAUCGUAUGGACAACGAUAUGCAGGUGGGCUACUAUGAUGUGGACAACGAGGGAGAUUUGGAAGCAGCUGCUGCCGCUGCCGCCGCAGCUGAUAAGGAUAAUGUGGAUCUAGUGACGCGUUCGGAAUACACCAGACUGUGCAAUGGUGGUCGCGAUUGUAUGCUGCAAUCGGCAAAUAGCAACCCAUCAUUACGCGAUCAGGAGUUCAUGCAGCACAGCUCGCUGUGGGGUCAUCAGUAUGUGACCGGCGGCAUGGGCGAAGGUCAGAGUCGUUACAAUACCAUCGUGAAAACCGAUGCCAGUUUGCCCGCCUAUUGCAACCCUCCAAAUCCCUGCCCCGAGGGCUAUGACAUGGAGACUAUGGGUGGCAAUUGCAUCAAUGAUUUCCAGAAUACCGCAAUCUAUAGUCGUGAAUUCCAGGCUGCCCAGGAUUGCACCUGCGACAAUGAACAUAUGUUUGAUUGUGCCGACCAGGAGAACGCAGCUGCCAACGAAGCUGACAACAGUGAUAUGAAUGCUGCCGUCGAGAAGUUCCUCAUGCAGCAGUUUGGAAACGACAAUAAUGUGCUGAGCAGUGCCAACGGAGUGGUUAAGAAGGCCGCUCACAUGGCCGGACUACGUAUGGAUACUUUACCCAACCCAUUCCUUCAGGUUGGCCCAGACGAUCGUCUGCCUAUUGCAGCCAAAAAGGGCAAUAUGCUCUUCCACUAAUCUAUCUCCAACUACAACAUGUUUGACAUCGCUUAAAAUUAGCUAAACAAAGAAAAAACUAAACCACAUAUUGAAUGUCUUUAUUAGUUUUAGUCUGUCUAAUUUGGGCAUUUUUUGAAGACGUUAUGUGUCUAUUAAGUAUUAUCACAGUUUAUUCUAAAUGUUAUCCCUCCCGCAUAAGUACAGCUCAUAGCAGCUUCCAAGUAUCCAUCAAAAAUACAUAUGUGUCCACACCAAUAAAGUUAUUCAAAAUAAACUAAGGCUUAAAGCCAAAAGAAAAGCAAUAA